UCUGGUGACGCACAUUAGGUGGCCCCUUCCUACCAAUGCCCACCUCACCUUAUUUGUCCUGGUCUGAUAAAUCCCACCUGAUUGCCCCCACCCCCGAGAAGGCCCGUAAACCCCCCUUGCUCAGAAACCACCCAUCCCUUGUGUGAACACCCUCCUUAUCCCACGUGGACAUUGAAUCUCCGCCUCACUUGUAUUCUGUUACCUGAUCCAGGAUGCCCAAUGCAGGGUGUAGGGUGAGAAGUGUGUCCCCACAGGAGAGAGGCCAGGUGUGGACACAUGCUCACCCGACGUGGGCUUGGCUUGGACAACAUGCCCUGGUUACCUGUGGCUCCCCUGCCAGAAUCCAUAUUGACAGUGGGCUUUGUUUCUUAAUCAAAGGUUUCAUUGCUUUAGAAGAGACUUGAGAUCAAGGUGUUUAAGGUCCCAUGAUGUUUUCAAUUUUAUGACUCUCUCCACCUUUUCCAUUAUUGGGACAUGGCCAGGAUAAUUUGGUUAGCAACUUGUAUAGGGACAUCAGAAUGCCAUUCUCUGGGUAGUGGUGGGGGAAUUCUGCAUUGCCUCCCUGACACCCACUCUCACUUCACGUGGAACUCCCAUCCCACAGCCUCUUCUUCCUUGACUGCAACACUCCCGCUGGGAGAUGAAAUCUAGGGCCCUUCCUUUUUAAUCUGCUGGGACCUCUUGAUUGCCUCAAACAGAGGGAUAUGGUGGAAUAGAUGCCAUAGGACAUCAAAAGUCAGGUAAUUAAAAGAGCCCAGCUUGUGCCUGGCUUGUUUCUUAGCAGAUGCUUCUUUGGGAGAAAGCCAACAACAUGUCAUGUGUGAGGGAGACUGACCAUCCCAGAAACAGAGAUGACUUGAGGUGCCUCAUGGAGAGAAACCAACAUGCCCAGUGAACAGCCAGCACCAUCCACUGGGCCUGUGUGAGCGAGACGUCAAGUAAUUCAGCAUCCAGGCUUCAAACCUCCCUGAUACCAAGAGGAGCAGAGGAAUGCUAUCCACACUGGAUCCUGACCAAAACGCAGAUUCAUGGCUAAAACAAUGUUGCUGUUUUGAAAAAAAAAAAAUACUCAGUCUUUAAUAACUGGAAUAAUCUUUCUUCAGCAUCACUCUCACACACCAUCCUGUAUAUACCACACCAUGGUUCUCACCAUCCUGUUUGACCAAGACGGCUUUGUCUCCUCCACCAGAAGUGAGAGAUCUUACCUCCAAAUUUCUCAUACAAAGAGGCCUUAAUACACAUUCACCCUGGUGACCAAAGAGAACCACAGAAAUGAAGACAUUCUAUGUUAUGAAUCUCUCAUCAUGGGACCCAGAAUGCUGGGGCUCAAAGAUCUGGUAUUUGUUGAUACAACGUCUCACUACCUCUACUUGUAGUGAUUUUCUUGCUUUCUGCUGAGUGAUGGCACUAAGCCAAGAGCUUAUGGGUGCUUCUGUGGUGACCACUAAGCACACACUCCACUCAGACCCCAGGUCAGACAGAGGUGUGAGGCUUCAGAGAAAUCUCAAGUGAUAAAGCCACAACAUAGGCGGAGACACUGGUUAAAAGGCCACAUGGAAGUAGCAGCUGCUCAGAUCUGGGCAGCUUUCCUGCAGAGAUGGUCCUGCUGCUCCUGCUCCUGGUGGCCCUUCUGUCCCCUACCGGGGAGGCAGGGAAAAUCAUCGGGGGCCACGAGGCCAAGCCACACUCCCAUCCCUACAUGGCGUUGCUUCAGGUCAAGACUUCAGGGAAAUCUCACCGCUGUGGGGGUUUCCUCGUGCGUGAGGACUUUGUGCUGACAGCGGCUCACUGCCUGGGAAGCUCAAUCAACGUCACCCUGGGGGCCCACAAUAUCAAAGAACAAGAGAGGUCCCAGCAGGUCAUCCCAGUGAGAAGACCCAUCCCCCACCCACGCUAUAAUAAUAAGACUUGGGCCAACGACAUCAUGUUACUGCAGCUGACUAGGAAGGCUGACAUUACGGAUGCAGUGAGCCCCAUCAACCUGCCCAGGAGAUUGGCGAAGGUGAAGCCAGGGAUGAUGUGCAGUGUGGCCGGCUGGGGGCAACUGGGGGUAAAUAUGCCCUCUACAGACAAACUACAGGAGGUAGAUCUUGAAGUCCAAAGUGAGGAGAAAUGUAUCACUCGCUUCAAAAACUACAUCCCCUCCACACAGAUAUGUGCUGGAGAUCCAAGCAAGAGGAAGAAUUCUUUCUCGGGUGACUCUGGGGGCCCGCUUGUGUGUAAUGGUGUGGCCCAGGGCAUUGUGUCCUAUGGAAAAAAGGAUGGAACACCUCCAGAUGUCUACACCAGAAUCUCCAGAUUUCUGUCCUGGAUCCAGAAAACAAUGAGACGGUACAAACGCCAGGGAUCGGUGUGACGUGUCCUCGGGAUGGACCCCUCCAUCUUCCCUGGGAUUGGAAGCAUUGGUCAAAGUGUGUGGAGGAAGGUUGCCUGGAACUUAAUAAACAUUCAUCUCUUGAAAAGAAA